UGGAGGACGCGGAGGUGCGAAUAUUCCACGGAGCCGGGGAGGACUCGAGAACGAGAGCCGGGCCUCCUCCCUCCGCCGCUAGCUUCCGCGCGGGAGGGGAAGCUCCCGGAUCAGGCAUCCUCCCCUCCCUUCUCCUCCAAUCUCCCUCGCUCCACCACCCACAGCUCCGCUCCCGGCUCUCGCCUCCACUCCCGGCGGGACGAGGGAGGCGGGGAGCAAUUGCUGCGGGAGGCGGUGAGAGGGAGCCGGGCCGCAGCGGGAGGAGAGGAGGGGGAGCGAGCGCCUCCCGCGGUCCGAAUCGGAUACCACCUGUUCUGCUUAGUGGUCAAGAUACGAAUAGGUUAAAUAAAUGGGAGUCCAAAAAGAUCAUAGGCCUUCUGGGGGCCUGAAUGGCCUCUACGGGGUACAAUUUGCGGGUCAGUCGCUAUACAGCGACGACGAAGCAGUCAAAACUAGCAUUAUGGAUUCUUCAACUUGUGAAUUGCAGGAGGGUGCUGGCUCAAGCCGGCGUUUGCAAAUCCGGCGGCUAUGGCAGCGGAGACCCCCAUGCUUGAAGCCGAUCCACUGUAGCCUCUCAUGUGAUAAACAUGUUGGUGAAACUAUUGCUAAUGUUGUCACCUCACUUCCUUUCAUCGUUCUUGGACUGCAAACUUCAAGAAAGAACUUGAAUACUGCACUUUAUGCAAACUCGUUAAUUGGAGUUGGAAUAGCUUCUAGCUUGUACCAUACUUCACGAGGAGAAAUCAGAAAAUAUUUGCGAUGGGCAGACUAUACAAUGAUUGCCACUUCAACACUAUGCUUAUCAAGAGCGCUUCGAGACGAGAACCCGAAGUUUCUUAUGGCAGCAUCAACAUUACUCCUACCAUUUCAACCCUUGAUGGUUUCAGCCAUCCACACUGGGAUAAUGGAGGUUUCAUUUGCUAAAAGAGCAUCGAUGGAACCAGAGCUCAAGAUGGCGCAUAACCUACACAAGAUGUCGUCUUUACUGGGUGGCGCCCUAUUCAUCGCUGAUGACGUCUUCCCACAAACUUCUUACCUCCAUGCUGCUUGGCAUCUAGCUGCAGCGCUGGGGGUCAGCACCUGCAACAAGCUUCUUGAGUGACAAUGCAGAAACAAGUACAGGACGUCCUUUGACCUAGCUGGCGCUGCUGUCAUCAACAAGCAGUUUAUAGCGAUUUUAUCCAAAUGUCAACAUUAAGUAUGCCAUUCGGUACAUAUGCAUUGUUCUACAUUGAGCCCCAAAAUGGAAGCACCUCUAGACAGAGUAGCACAUAUGAAAUUAGGUGAUCCGGGCAUCAGUUUAUGCUUGUAUUUUUGUUGUAUAAUAUUGCAUUUUCCUGCGCCAGCAACAAACCUAUUAUGGAAUUGGAUGUGUGUGUAUAUAGAGACCUUCAAAUGUUCCGGUGCUA